AUGUACUAUGCGGUUUCCCAGGCGCGCGUGAACGCGGCCCCCGCCACCAUGCUGCGGCCACAGCGCCCCGGAGACGUGCAGCUCGGGGCCUCCCUGUACGAGCUGGUGGGCUACCGGCAGCCACCCUCCUCUUCCUCCACGUCCUCCUCCGCCACGCCGGCCCCCCUCCUCCCCAAGGCUGCGCGCGAGAAGCCGGAGGCGGCGGCCGAGUCGCGCGGCUCCGGGACGGGGUUGGGCGCGCACGCGAGCGCCCGGGCGGACGCCAAGGAGGAGCAGCAGCAACAGCUGCGGCGCAAGAUCAACAGCCGCGAGAGGAAGCGCAUGCAGGACCUGAACCUGGCCAUGGACGCGCUUCGCGAGGUCAUCCUGCCCUACUCGGCGGCUCACUGCCAGGGCGCGCCGGGCCGCAAGCUCUCCAAGAUCGCUACGCUGCUGCUCGCCCGCAACUACAUCCUGCUGCUGGGCACCUCGUUGCAGGAGCUGCGGCGCGCGCUCGGCGAGGGUCCCGGGCCCGCCGCGCCGCGCCUGCUGCUGGCCGGCCUGCCGUUGCUCGCCGCCGCGCCCGGCUCGUUGCUGCUGGCGCCCGGCGCCGUGGGGCCCCCCGACGCGCUGCGCCCCGCCAAGUACCUGUCGCUGGCGCUCGACGAGCCGCCCUGUGGCCAGUUCGCCCUCCCGGGCGGCGGCGCCGGCGGCGGCGCGGGCGGCCCGGGCCUCUGCACCUGCGCCGUCUGCAAGUUCCCGCACCUGGUCCCCGCCGGCCUGGGCCUGGCAGCCGUGCAGGCGCAGUUCUCCAAGUGA